AUGUGGCUCCGAGACAAUCGGAUAGCGAGAAACUUCAAUGGCCAGCUGCUCUUUGCAACUGGCCUCAUGAUGCUGUCUCAAGUCAAUUUUGGCAUGGAUCUUGCGGCCUUCUCGAACACCCAGGCUAUGGAUGCUUUCACUCAUCGAUUCGGGACAAUCAACCCAAAGACGGGCAAGUACCGCAUUGACCCAUACUUUUUGUCCCUCCUCAACAGCUUGACCUAUGUCGGACAAGUCUUCGGUGUGGUGACAGGUGGCUUCAUCAAUCGCAAAUAUGGGCGACGUCCGGCUUUCUAUGUCAUGACCUUCUGGGCUGUCCUGAGCGCCAUCCUGCUUGUCACUGCACAGCAUAAAGAGCAGGUUCUCGCAGGGAGAAUCAUCAACUACAUCUACUUGGGUCAGGAGCUCGUUACGAUUCCUGUCAUGCAAUCUGAGAUUGUCCCUCCGAAGAUUCGAGGAAUGGUUGUUGGCACCUAUCAGCUUGGUGUUAUGAUUGGCGCAUUCAUAAUGGCUGCGAUCACAUAUGGAACUGCUAAGAUCGAGGGAGAGGCAUCAUUCCGGAUUCCUUUUGGCCUGUUUUUCAUCAUCCCUUUCAUCGUCGGAUGCUGUGCAUUCUUCUUGAGUGAGUCCCCACGCUGGCUUCUUAUUCGCGAUCGCCACGAGGAAGCCCUAGUAUCCUUGCGCAAGUACCGCCGGGGAAAAUUUACCGAGGAAGAGAUCAUGAACGAGUAUCAUGAACAGCUCGGGAUGAUCAAAGCCAUGACACAUGAGAAGGGCACGUUCAAGGAAAUGUGGCAAGGAAUUAACCUCAAGAGAUCUCUCAUCGUCCUUGGCUCAAACAUCUGCAUCCAAAUCAGUGGCCAACAGCUCAGCAGCAAGUAUGGCACUAUUUUCAUCAAGGACAUCAAUGGGCCCGACCCCUUCCAGAUGUUCUUGAUCAAUACUGGAAUACAGAUUGCUGUCGUUUUGGUCGCUAUGUAUCUUCUGGAUAAGACUGGCCGAAAGUAUGUCCUCACUCCUGAUGUUAUCCUUCAUGCGCUGACUGGCUUCACUUUUCUGCAUAGGCCGCUUCUGCUCAUAGGUUCUGCUGUGCAAACGAUCACCAUGUUCGCAAUGGGUGGUCUAGGGACAAUCAACACACCCAGCAAAGAAGUCAAGAUCGCCAUUACCGCCAUGUUGAGUCUCAACUACUAUGGCUUUGUGUUUGGUUGGGCACCAAUCUAUCAUAUCAUCUCAGGGGAGAUCCCUAAUUCACGUAUGCGAGACAUGACCUACACGGUAUGCAGUAUCGCCACAGUAGUGACACAAUUCGUCGUGUCUUUCACCAUCCCCUACCUCUUAUACGCUCCCUACGCGAAUCUUGGGGUCGAAAUAGGUUUGAUUUUUGGGCCGAUUGCUCUUUGCACGUUUAUUUUCGCAGCCCUCGUGGUUCCGGAAUGUCGUUCGUUCUCUCUCGAAGAGAUCGAUCACUUGUUCCACCAGAAAGUUCCGCUGCUGAAAUUCCAGAAAUACAAGCAUGGGCAAAUCCUUCCGGAAGAAGUGGUGCAUACAAGUAUGCAGAAAUUUGGUGAGGGGCCCACAAUUGAAGAGCGUGAGAACGCUGCUCCAUGA